CUGCUAGUUUCGUUCUCAUAUCUAUUGCUUGCAAAAUCUCUCUCUGGGUUAGGUGUUUAUUGUUAGUACAACUACUUUAGUGAAGCUGUUCAUUCGAUUUUGCUCUCGGUCGCAGCUCCGAAUAUGGAGGCGAUCACUGCUUCCUUAGAGAGGUCUCUUCAAAACUGUUCCUUAAACAACAACAACGACCAUCAGAGCAGGCGGGAAGACGGCUCAGCCACAGAUGCAGGCAUAGGAAUCUCAUCCACCUCAGAUGAUGUCCCGGAUAAUAAUCAUAUCUCCAACUCCGACACCACUUUAGAGCUCAACUCCCACAUCUCACUCCCUUAUCAUUGGGAACAAUGCUUAGAUUUAAAGACGGGGGAAAUUUAUUACAUAAACUGGAGGAACGGGAUGAAAGCAAAAGAGGAUCCCAGAAGGGCAACAGAAUAUAGUGUAAGUAGGGAUUAUGAAUCUGAAGAAGAGAGCUGGUACGACAGCGAAGAGUCCUCAUCGGAGUCAUGCCCUUCAUCUAAAGAGCACUAUCAGGGUCAGAUAGAGAAACAAAAUGUUCUGGUGGUGGCUGGGUGCAAGGGCUGUCUCAUGUAUUUCAUGGUGCCCAAACAGGUUGAAGACUGCCCAAAAUGUAAUGGUCAACUCCUCCACUUUGAUCGAUCCGAAAAUGGCUCUCCAUGA